CGGAAAUAAUGAUAAACUGAUACUUCAGUUCUUGUACUCCUGUUGUUAACUGUUUUAGUUAAGAUUCCCAGUAUGGUGAUACUUGUGUAUAACAGCCUGCCCGAGGUCUUAGAAGCCCUGAGACAACAUGAGCUGGCCACACGCUACUGCGUAUCUAGUAUGGCCACCAAUUUUGGGAGAGAAGGUAAUACCACAAAUACGCGCUACUGCGUAUCUAGUAUGGCCACCAACUUUGGGAGAGAAGGUAAUACCACAAAUACGCGCUACUGCGUAUCUAGUAUGGCCACCAACUUUGGGAGAGAAGAAAGUUGAUUGUCCAGCCAGAUUGCAGAUAAGUGCCGUAUGUCAUUUCCCUUCUUACAAGAUGAACUCAAUACCAUCUGGAAGAGAAUACCGGCGCAUUACAGAGGCAAUUUUUCAAACUAUCCAAACAGGCGCUCAUGUGAAACACUUCUUUCUCUACUACAUGGCUUUGCCAUCAGACGAUGACCAAAAAGGGCACCCAAUAAAGAGGUAA